AUGACUGAGGAACAAGUGAUCAUAGGAAAACAGUGGGAGGCUGUGGGGCCAUUCCCCAGUGGAAUGCGUGAGCAUCCUAUCAUUGCUUCACCUCUUGCAGCCUAUCUAGACCCGUCGACGGAUCCAGAUAUCGAUUUCGCUUUUAGACCAUAUAACGAAUCCGAAACUUGGCCUAGCGAAAUUGGUAAUGGAGGUAAAGUAGGAUGGAAGACUUUUGAUUUGAAAGAUGAUGGGUGGUUGGAAGUUUCAUAUCCUGAGAUAAGAUGGGAUCAACUUCGAUCCGAUCAUGGAUGGGCUGCACUUCAAUACCAGACUAUUCUUCGUACAUCAAUCAGUAUUCCCAAGAUGUCACGUCAAAAGAAGCAGACAUCUAUUCGGAUUGAUGUAGUUCAAGGAGUAGAAUAUGCGCUUAUACCUAAAUCUACACCCAAAAACCAUAAAGGACCGAUAGAAUGGUAUUCAGGUGAUGUAUACGGUUUCGCCCAAACAACUAUCGGGAAAAAGGGAGUUGAAACUGAAUCAGAGAAAUCAACUUCUAAUUUCGCAAGAUCUCUUUCAUUGCCUCCAGGAGAAUAUACUUUCUUACUUCGAGCAAUAUAUGAAAUUAGAACGUUUGGUGAUCCGGGAAUAUCAAAUCCUCCAAAUAUACAAAUCAAAGUAGACAUUGAAGUGGAUGACAUAGAAGAAAUGCAAAUCGUAGAUGGGUUAGCCCAAGUACCUGAUCUGAUUGAUGGAUGGUUCAUGGGUGAUUGGAUCUCAACUGGAAUCAGAGUCGAUCCGGAGGGGAAAGAUACAGACAUUAUAGAAGUGGAGAGCCCACAUGGAGAUUUCUUCUCCAUCACAUUACCGAGAAAAGUAAAGAUCAUCAAGGGACAAACGAGACAAAUCAGCUUGAGACUCGAACAACAUAAAGAGCUGCCUAAAGAUCUCAGAACAUUUAACGUCAAAUUCAGGUUGAGAAUAGAUGGAAAUGAAGAAAUGAUUACUUGGCGUCCUUCAUUAAAUCACCUCAAUGCAAAUAACCAAAAACCUUUUAGAAUCACAUUUCCUUCUCCGUCAACCGAUGACGAACCUCCUUCUUUUGUGUCUUUCGCUAUGAUCGUCCCGCCGUCAUCUACAAAUCCCAAACCUGAUACAUCACCCCCUGUGAUCCUCGCUUUACACGGUGCAGGGGUGGAAACCACUUCGGCGAUGUGGACCGAAGCUAUGCCAUCAAUUCCUGGAUACUGGUCCGUUUUACCUACUGGCAGGAAUGAAUGGGGAGAAGAUUGGCAUGGGGGAAGUAUGGAAGAUGUUUGGGCUGCCAGAGAAGCAUUUGGUGAAAUCAUCAAGAAGAUAGGGGUGACUGUGUCAGACAAAACAAUACUGAUGGGCCACUCAAAUGGUGGUCAAGGAGCCUGGCAUCUUGCAGCGAGAUAUCCUGAUCGUAUCGAAGGAUUGGUCGCUGCUGCUGGAUGGCUCACCAUAAGCGACUAUGUACCUUACACUGAGCUAGUGUCCAAACAUUUUGCCGAUCCUUCCUUAAUGGGUAUACUCACUUCUUCUCUUACACCAUACAACAACGAUCUCUACCUCUCCAAUCUGGUCGAUAUACCUAUUUUGGUAAUCCAUGGAUCGGAAGAUGACAAUGUCCCACCUCGACACUCACAAGCUUACGUCAAUACCAUUUCAUCUUGGUCAGGCGAACAGAAUAGUAGUAAUGUUAAAUUAAAAGAAAUACCUAAGCAAGGUCAUUGGUGGUCCGAUAUUUUACGUUCGAUGGAGAUCAUCGAUUUCAUUAAGUCAUUACCGGAAAGGAAAAGCUGGGAUGAACAACGCCAAAAAGGAUUUACCUUGACAACUGCCAACCCACAAGAAUCAGGUGGUAGAGCAGGAAUCAAAAUUAUCGAACUCGAUACCCCAGGUAGAAUAGCUAGAUUAGACGUCAAUGCUAGACAAUGGAAAGAUUGUAAUCCAUCUAAACCACUGGAUUUAAGAGGAACAAAUAUCAAACGAAUAGAAUUAACCACAGAACCCAAUCAAUCGUCUGAAAUCCUGAUCAAAGGAAAACAUACUCAUCAUCAAUGGUCAAAACAACACUCAAGUUAUCCAAUCGAUCCGGUUAGAGCUUAUGGGCCUAUGAUAAGGUUUUUAUCGACGGCAGGUUUGAUAACUAUUAUAUCACCUGAUCUACCGAGACAUCUCAGUAUUGCUAAGAGGAUCGCCCAUGAUCUGUUCGUUUAUCAAAGUCUGGAUAGUGAGGUAGUUACUGAUCAAGAUGCGUUAUUACGUCUGGCAAACGGUACAAUUGGCCGAGGUAACAUAUUAAUGAUUGGUAGACCUGAAGAGAAUCUGUUUGUGGACUGGACAAUAAUACAGAACAAAAUACCUAUAUCAUUUCCGACAAAAGGUGUCAUGUUGAUCGAUGAUAAAGUCAUAUAUGAUCGUGGCGCAGGCAUAAUCACACUUCAUCCUCAUCCAACUGCACCCAAAGGUCUUUCCGUUCUGAUAGCUGGGAAUGACGAUUUGGGUUUGGAGCUCGCGGCUCGUUUAUUCCCCAUAAGAACUGGUGUACCUAUCCCAGAUUGGGCAAUAGUUGGACCGCAAGCAAGAUGGAAAGGUUCAGGAGGAUUUAUCGGUGCAGGAUUCUGGGAUGGACAGUGGCGCUGGAACGAUGCUAUGUCAUGGACAGAUCGAUGA